AUGCAAGGGAAAACAUCAUAUGAAUAUCAUCAUGUGUCUUUAGAGAAGGGAAAAAAAAAAACAAGUUCCUUUGAAUUCUCUGGUUUCUCCUCCGUUUGUUUCGCGGUAUCUCGUCUCAAUUCUUUGAGAAAAAUCUCAUCUCGGUUCGGAAAGCUCUAGUUGGUCCGAUUUAGGGUUUUCAUAUCGCUCCGAUGGCAUCCAGUUCUCACAGGGGCGGUGCCGGUGGCGCCUUCUACGGCGAUGCUGCUCCGUACAGAUCUAGAGAUGGGCUUAGCACUCGACCCGUCGGAAAUUCAGAUGAAAUCAUGCUGCGGAUUGAUCCAAUGCACCAUGAUUUGGAUGAUGAGAUCACAGGUCUCCAUAGCCAAGUCAAGCAGUUGAAAAAUAUUGCCCAAGAAAUUGGGACAGAGGCAAAAUUUCAGAGGGACUUCUUGGAUGAACUGCAAAUGACAUUGGCGAGAGCUCAAGCAGGAGUGAAGAACAACAUUAGGAAACUGAACAAAAGCAUCAUCAGAAGCGGAAACAGCCAUGUCAUGCACGUGGUUCUUUUCGCGCUCCUCUGCUUCUUCGCCCUCUACGUGUGGUCGAAAAUGUUCAAAAGAUGAGGCAUCUGUUGCAGGAAACCUCGCCGACCAAGGAAAGAAUUCUGUAAAGACAUCCAAAGUGUAAGCCCUAAAACCAUGCCUUAGGUGACAUCGCUCUCGUUCUCUUUGGUAUAGAUAGAGAGAGUCCUUGUUCUAAUCAGGAGAAUCCACUCUCUGAAUUCAUGAAAAAGGUCAAAACUUUGGCUUGUUAUAUAAGAAGAAACCAAAGACAAGACCGAAGGGUUGUUAUGAUAAAAUCAUUUGGUAUACAAAGAAGAUGGUUGAUGCAUUAUA